UGAAUUUUGAAACUAAGCAACAACCCACUGCGCCUUUCUUCUUAGGCCCGCACGGUCAAGUCACAAAAGUUACUUUAUUUUAUGCUCCUUUCCCUUUGAAAAUACUUGUUCAAUUAUUGUUCACUUGUUGAAAAAUUCGUGUGGAUUCUGAGACUUUGGAUCUUCUCCCUCGGAUUACUUGCAAUUCUUAGAGAGAUGGCCGGAUUUGAAUUCCUGUGGACUUUUGUUGUGCAGGAAGCUUUGAAGAAGGUAGUGAAAGUUGCAGCACAGGAAAUUGCUGUGGCUUGGGGCUUCAAGAAGGAGCUGGAAAAACUGACAAAGUGGUUACUAAAGUCUGAAGCCAUUUUAAGAGAUAUUAUCACAAAAAAGUUGUACAAUGAACCUGUCAGGAUGUGGGUGGAGGAUCUUCAACAUUUUGUUUACGAAGCCGACGAUCUGUUGGACGAGCUUGUUUAUGAAGAUCUUCGACGCAAAGCGGAAACAGAGAAAAUAGAAAAGAAGGUGCACAAUUUCUUUUCAUGUUCCCAUAAUCCUUUUCUGUUUCGUAGGAAGAUGGCCAAAAGAAUGAAGGAUAUUACUGAGACUUUGUAUAAACAUUACUGUGAGGCAAGUCCUUUAGGACUCGUUGCUCUGGUUGGGCAUGAAUCAACUGAAGCACGUAAGAACAUUGAUCUUAAGCAGAUUCGAGACACAACAUCAAAGCUAAAGCCUGAAGAAGUUAUAAUAGGAAGAGAAGUUGAAGUUUCAAACAUAGUGAAGUUGGUGAUUGAGUCUAGCAAUGAACAUCCAAUGUCCAUCAUACCCAUUGUGGGUAUGGGUGGAUUGGGGAAAACUACUUUGGCCAAGAUGGUGUUCAAUCAUGGGUUGGUUCAAACUCAUUUUGAUAAAACAUUAUGGGUAUGUGUGUCUGAACCAUUUAUUAUCAUAAAUAUUUUGGAGGGGAUCUUUCAGAGUCUCACUAAAACCUCUUCUAGUUGCUUGAACAAAGAGAACUUACUUCAACGGCUCCAAGAGGAGAUGCGAGGUAACAAUUAUUUUCUUGUUCUUGACGAUGUUUGGAAUGAAGAAGCUAUAUUGUGGGAUAACUUAAAGGACUGUCUAAACGAGAUUGCUGGAAAACCUGGAAACACUAUUAUCGUGACCACGAGGAGUCCAGACGUUGCCACUGUCAUGGGGACAACUUCGAGCAUUCAUCUUAAAAAAUUGUCCGAUGAUCUAUGUUGGUCCUUGUUCAAAAAGGGUGUAAGUGCAGAUGGCUUAGAGUUGGAAAUUAUUAGAGAAGAGGUGGUUACAAAAAUUGGUGGAAUACCACUAGUUGCAAAAGUUUUAGGAGGGGCAGUAAAGUUUGAAGGAAACUAUGAGAGAUGGAUGACAAAAUUCAAAAGCGUGGUGAAAAAUAUAUCAAAAGAUGACAAAGAUUUUAUUUCAUCCAUACUAAAAUUAAGUGUGGAUUGUCUACCACUCCUCUCAUUAAAGCAAUGUUUUGCUUAUUGCUCAAACUUUCCCAAAGAUUACAAGUUUUGCAAAGAGAGCUUGAUUCAAACGUGGAUAGCACAAGGAUUUAUCCAACCACAAGAAGAAGAUAAUGAAUUGAUGAUGGAGGAUAUAGGAGAAGGAUACUUCGACCUCCUGUUAUCUCGCUCCUUAUUUGAAGUUGUCGAUGAAGAUAGCAAUGAAAGAACUACUCACUUUAAGAUGCAUGAUCUAAUACAUGAUAUCGCUUGUGCUAUUUCAAACCAGGUUGAAUCAAAUCUUCAUAAUUCUAGUGAAAAGAGUGUAAGAAAGUUGCGCACGAUUAUUCAUGACAUUGACAAUAGUAUCUGUGAUAAGUUCGAGGAUCUUGUUUGCUUGCGUGUUUUAGUAUUUGCGCUGCAUCCAGGGUGGGAUGUGAGUUUAUUCAAUUCAAUUGGUAUAAUUGCCAAGCAUUUGAGGUAUCUUGAAAUUAAACAAUGCUAUCACGAAUUGAAGUACAGUCUAGAAUCUAUUGCCAUGCUUUAUAAUUUGCAAACACUAAAGCUUGGAGUAGGAGCAUCUCUUCCAACGAAUUUGAGAAAAUUGGUGAAGCUAAGACAUUUAGAAUUCAAGGACAUUGGUGAUGGGAAAAUGCCUUUACAUAUGAGGCAAUUGAUUCAUCUUCAAACGUUAACUGCGUUUUUUGUAGGUGAGGACGGUUGUAAAAUUGAAGAACUUGGACCUUUGAAGAACUUAAAAGGGUCAUUAGAUCUUGGCUCGCUUGGGGAAGUGAAAAGUAAGGAGGAAGCUAUGGGUGCAAGGUUGAUAGAAAAGAAGAAUUUAACAAAGUUAGCCUUUUACUGGAAUUCUUCCUCUGAGGAAGAAGAUAACCUAAAUGAGUUAGAAGUGUUAGAAGGACUUCAACCACAUAACAAUCUUCAAUCACUAUCUAUUCUUCACUAUAAUGGCCAAGCUUUUCCUAAUAAUAUUUUUGUUGAAGGGUUAGUUCACAUAAUGCUUCACGGAUGUAUGAAAUGUGAAAUGCUUCCAAUGCUAGGACAAUUACCUAACCUGGAGGAACUCGUCAUUAGUGAAGUAGACAGUGUGAAAAGCAUAGGAAGGGAGUUCUAUGGAUCAAAUAACUCCAACCAAAGGGUUUGUUUCCCCAAGUUGAAGAAAUUUUCCCUCAUGUAUAUGGAGAACCUAGAGAAUUGGGAAGACGUACCAAAUGAUACAUCGGAAGAUAAUCCUGCAAUUGAGCUUCCUCAACAACUUGGGUAUCUCACAACCUUAAAGCUCUUAGAAAUUUUUGGUUUUGAGGGUAUCGAAGCUCUACCAGACUGGCUGGAAAAUCUUGCAUGUUUAGAAGAAUUGAAGCUUUAUUAUUGCAAGAAUUUAAAGUGGUUGCCAUCGAAACAUGUCAUGCUAUCCCUCACCAAAUUGAAUCGUGUGGAAGUUAAAGGAUGUCCACUGCUACCACUUGGCGAGGGCGAUCCAGAGAGGGCCAAACUUUCCCAUUUUCCUAACCAUUUUGUUAAGGUUGUAUUUGUCCAAUCUUCUUGGAAUUGUCCAUAUCCGUUUAGACCUGGCUAUUACAGCCGUUUUGUGUUCUUGAAAGACUAUGGAGCUGAGUAUUGAAGCAUCCUUUGGGCCUCGAAUUGUGGUUGGAUCCAAGGUUACUGCUGUGCAUGUGCUGUGCUGAGAGCUGGAGUCCUGACGUCAGAGUUAGUUAUAUUUUGGAGGAGCUGCUAUUUUUUCGGUGAGGUAUUCAUUAGAGUGAAAAUUGAGUGUGUGAGCUGAGGGAAUUUGUUAGAGAGCAUCUUUGCUGGUUUUUCUUUUUCCAUCUUGUAAGAUCACUUGAUGGGGAGAUGAGAGAUUGAGAAAUUUCCCUCUCGAUUUCUCUUUGUUUUUUAAUUGUUGUUGAUAGAUUUGUUUCUAGUUCUUGGGUAAAACAACAUAUAUAUAUUAUGUUGAACCCAAUUUUGCAGCAGAGGGAGUUUGAUGUGUGGUAAAAUUUUGGAUUGCAGUGCAUGUGAAGCUUCUGUUUAGGGGCCAAGAGGAAUUGAAGAAAUUUCACUAAGUGAUGUAGAUCAGGUUGAUGAAAGGAUACAUUGACUCGCGUUUUUUCUGUCAAAUCACCACUUAUAAGUAUGGACAUCUGACUAGUGGCGUCUGAAUGUCUCAGAGAUGGCAGGCGGUUGACUCAAGGUAUGGAAUUUAAUGCAAGUUCUGUCAACAAAAGCUUGGAGUUACCUAUAAAAAGGGAAAUCAGUUGCUGAAGAAGGAGUUAGCUAGUUACAAAAAUAGAUACUUAGACAUUUUAGAGAGCCAGUUAGUACUUUAGCUUAAUUAUGUUGUCUGCAAGAAGGAGAUAGGAGGGAAGAUCCAUUUUCACUGUUGAUCAAGAGGAAUUGUUGGAGACAAAGCUCGAGAGAGGAGUUUUCAUCACGUUUUUCACCAAGUUGGUUGAACAAGUAGUAAAAUUAAGCUAAAGAGAACAAGAAAUUGGACUCUACGACUUGACUUCUUCAUUUUACAUCUCAUUUCCAUCUCUCAUUUCAUUCUAUCAAUAUAGAUUUUUUAUAUUAAAGAUUUAGGCCCAGAAAAAGAAAAAAAAAACUAAAAUGGACAUGACCCAUAUGCACGGUUUAGCCCACCUUCUUUCGAGCUCUACAAUCAGGGAAAACACUUCCAACCCUUCAUCUUCUUUCACUCUAACAGUGUCAUCUUCUUCCCCUUCGGUUUCGCUCCAAACUUCAAAAGGUAUGUUCUUCUUCUUCGUUUCUUCGUUUCUUCGUUUCUUCUUUUCCUUUCUUCAUCUCUUCAUCACUAAUAGUAAAACUUUGAAAACAUAGGGCUUCGUUCUUCUUCCAUUAACAGUUUAUAUAAGAAGAUAAAUAGUUAUUUCAAAUUAAGGUUACAUGCAUUCUCCAUCUUUUUUAGGUAUUUCAUUCACUGUUUUAUUAUGCAUUUUGGUCACAGUGUAGUCAUCACAGCGUAGUCAUCAUAAACUAAUAGUCAUCAAAAAGUUGAUUAUAUGAAGUUUAUUUGUUGAUAUUUGUUGAUAUGCUGAUUGUGAUUUACUGAUUUUUUGGUGAAUAUGUUGAUAGUUUAUUGUUGACUGUGUUUGAUUGCUAAUUAUGUGAAGUUUAUUGUACUGUGUUUGAUUGUGAUUUGCUGAUGUUUCAGUGAAUAUUAUGCUAAUUUAGUUAUUUAUUAGUGAUAGAAGUUAUCACUGAUGCUUCAAGAAAUAUAUUGACAGUUUGUUGAUAGAAUGUGAAGUUUAUUUGUUGAUAUUUAUUGAUAGUUGUUGAUAUACUAAUUGGGAUUUGCUGAUUUUAUUGUUGACUGUGUUUGAUUGCUAAUUAUGUGAAAAGUUUAUUGUACUGUGUUUGAUUGUGAUUUGUCGAUGUUUCAGUAAAUAUUAUGCUAAUUUAGUUAUUUAUUAGUGAUAGAAGUUAUCAUUGAUGCUUCAGGGAAUAUGUUGACAAUUCAUUGAUAGUUUGUUGAUGGAUUUAUCUAUCAACAAACUAUCACUGAUGCUAAUUUAGUUUCCUAUACUGUGAUUUGAUGAUUGUUUAUUUAUAGGAAAAGUAUCUAUCACUAUUAUUGCUAUCAGUGAUACUCUUUUAUUGCUAUCACUAAUAGUAUCUAUCACUGAUAGUAUCACUAGAGUAUAACAUUAGGAGAAUGUAAUUGAUAGCAUCUUUAAGUGAUAUCUCUAAUAGGCUACUAUGAAUGAUAUAAAUGUAAUGGUUCCACAUGUUUGUUUUUAGGAUAACUGGAGAAAAGAAAUAGAAAAUCAUUGGAAUGAUCAACAUCUGGAAAAAAAGCACAAAAAGAUCAAGGUCCACAAUCUAAUGAUAUUACAUAAAUUUAUAUAGAUUUGUGGUUUCUUUUUUCUUAUAUUUAGGUUAUUGUUAUAUAUGCCGGAAAAUGUAUUAAUUGUUCCAGAAAGUGAAUGGACAAACCUGUUGAAAGUCAGCUCCUUCAUAAGUUUAGAAGUCCUAUCUAACAUAGGAAAAAUAGAUGAGCCAUCACUCCAACUAUUUAGGGAAGACCCUUUUGGGCACUUCUUAGAUAUGAAAAUGAAAAGGGUGCCCAACCAACUCAUAUCACACCUAAUUAGAAGGCAAUGCACAACUAUCAAACAAAAUAUCUUGGCCUUUAAUUUAGAAGGACAUAUUUCAGAAUUUGACCUCAAGGAUUUUUGUUUAGUAACAGGUUUAAAUUGUGAUGAUUACCCUAUAGAUUGUAUCUAUACUGAACAAGAAUUGAUGGACAACACAAUUAGGAACUUCUUUUUCAAGAUAAAUACAAAAAUUAUAAGGAGAUAGCUCCAACCUACUUUUAAUUUAUUAGGUUUUGAUGCCAAUAUACCCAUUGAUAUAAAGGUCAAACUCGCACACUUGUAUUUUCUAGAAAACUUCCUAAUUCCUACACAAGGACAUAAAAAUGUAAGUUGGAAGCAUCUAAAAAUGUUGGAUGAUGAAGAAAAGUUUAGAUCUUAUCCAUAGGGUUUCCUUUGAAUUAACUGUAGAGUUUUUUAAGAAGGCUGUCAUCAAUAAGCUAUCUUCCAUUUUCCUCCAAGGAUUUACACUUGCUCUGGUAUAUUGGUCUUUUGAAAUUAUACCAAGAUUAUCCAACCCCGCUAUUGGAUUUGCACGAAGAAUAAAAACUAAUGGACCUAGACUUACUCAAUGGGAAUAUUAAGAACCUAAUGAUUAACAACACAUCAACAAUAAUAUUUUCAAAGCCAUUGGUGUAAGUCUUUUAUCACUGUUAUUACCUUUAUUUAUAUAUAUUAUUAGCAUGCUAUCAAAUGAUAGAAACUAUAACUAAUGUUUCAGCUUUUAUGACAUAGAAGAUACGAUUGAUUUUAAGUUAUCAGUGAUAGCUUCUAUCAGUCAUUUGGAACUAUUGUGAUAUCUUCUAUCAUUGAUAGCAUAUUAUUGUAGAUAGAAGCAAUCAGUGAUAGCUUGAAAUCAGUGAUUAUUUCUAUAAACAUGCUAUAUCACUAACAUCUUUAUUAAACUUUUAGUUUACCGUUGCUUCAUUGGUUCCAACUGAACAAGAAUUACAAUCAAACUAUUAUGGCUAUUUUGCAAAGCUGGAAACAAGGGAAAUGGAUAUUGAAAAAGAAAAAGAAGGAAAACAAAUGUCAACUGAGAGAAGAAUUGCAUCAUUACAAGAAGGAAUUGAAGAAUUAAAAAGAGGACAAGAAGAUAUUAAAAAGGACAUCCAUGAAAAGCACAAGGAGAUUCUUGAUAUAUUGGGCCACAUAAAAGAAGCUUUCAGUGAUAAACUUCCACAAAAAGAAGGUGGUGAAAAGCAAUCUCAAGAAUAUCUUGAGAAGAACAAAGCGUCAUCCUCUAGUUUGAAGCUUUUAGAUGCAAGUUUGGAAGUUCUAGAGGCAGAAGUUGAAACUGCUAAGGACAAGGAGACUCAAGAAAAUGGUGUUCAAGAGAAUGACCAGCAAGAACAAUUGCAAGAUGAAGAGAAAGAUCCAGAAGAUGAAGAGGAAGAUCAAGAAGAAAAAAAGGAUAAAGAUAAAGAAGAGGAAGAGAAUGUAGAUAAAGAAGAUAUGACCAAAAAGAAGGUUAUUGAAGAGACUCUUAAAAAGAGUCCAAAAAAAUAUAGACUAAAGGUUGUGGUAAAAAAUAUGGAGGACACCAAGAGACCAAAAAGACAAAUAAAACCAACCAAGAAAAUUUUGGAGAACACAAAAAAACAAAAGAAAGACAAAAAGAAGGUCUCUCCAAAUGUGUCUACCAAGGUGUCUCCAAGCAAAGUUACAAGGUAUUCUCUAAGGUGGAAUGACGACGCUCCAAGCUUUGAUCUCAAAAUAUCACAACUUUGAUUGACAAUAGAUAGACUUGUUUAUUGACAAUAGAUAGACUUCUGUUUGACAAUGUUGAUUGCUUUUUUUUUUUUUUUUUACAAUAGAUAGGCUUCUAUGAUAGUU